AUGAGCCGGUUAUCCUCUAACGUAUUUGGCGACGAUGCUGUCGGUGAUGGCGGCGACGACAAUGCUGCUUCUGAUGUCAAUGCUGCUGAUGGUGAUGACGACGAUGACAACGAAGACGAUGCUGUCUCUGAUGUUAAUACUGCUGAUUGUGAUGGCGGCGACGACAACGACGACGAUGCUGCCUCUGAUGCUAAUACUGCUGAUGGUGAUGGCGACGAUGACAACGACGACAAUGCUGCUUCUGAUGUCAAUGCUGCUGAUGGUGAUGGCGAUGAUGACAACGACGACGAUGCUGUCUCUGAUGCUAAUACUGCUUAUGGUGAUGGCGACGAUGACAACGACGACAAUGCUGCUUCUGAUGUCAAUGCUGCUGAUGGUGAUGACGACGAUGACAACGACGACAAUGCUGCUUCUGAUGUCAAUGCUGCUGAUGGUGAUGGCGACGAUGACAACGACGACAAUGCUGCCUCUGAUGUCAAUGCUGCUGAUGGUGAUGACGACGAUGACAACGAAGACGAUGCUGUCUCUGAUGUUAAUACUGCUGAUUGUGAUGGCGAUGAUGACAACGACGACAAUGCUGCUUCUGAUGUCAAUGCUGCUGAUGGUGAUGACGACGAUGACAACGAAGACGAUGCUGUCUCUGAUGUUAAUACUGCUGAUUGUGAUGGCGACGAUGACAACGACGACAAUGCUGCUUCUGAUGUCAAUGCUGCUGAUGGUGAUGACGACGAUGACAACGAAGACGAUGCUGUCUCUGAUGUUAAUACUGCUUAUGGUGAUGGCGACGACGACAACGACAACGGCGACGAUAUUGCUGCUGAUGGUCUUGGCGGCGACGACGAUAGUGAAUUAAGAUACUGUCUGUACUCAAAUGCCUAUAUGUAA